UUGAGAACCUUCCCUGUGAACUUCAGAGGAACUUCCAGCUGAUGCGAGAGCUGGACCAGAGGACAGAAGAUAAAAAAGCAGAAAUCGACCUCUUGGCUGCAGAGUAUAUCUCCACAGUGAAGACCCUUUCUCCAGACCAGCGUGUGGCGCACCUGCAGAAGAUCCAGAGCGCCUACAGCAAGUGCAAGGAGUACAGCGAUGACAAGGUGCAGCUGGCCAUGCAGACCUACGAGAUGGUGGAUAAACACAUUCGGAGGCUUGAUGCUGACCUGGCACGCUUUGAAGCCGACUUGAAGGACAAGAUGGAUGGCAAUGACUUUGACAGCCCCGGAGGACGAGGGUUGAAAAAAGGACGAGGUCAGAAAGAAAAAAGAGGCUCCCGGGGCCGUGGCAGAAGGACCUCAGAAGAAGAUACUCCCAAGAAGAAGAAACACAAAGGAGGGUCUGAGUUCGCGGACACCAUCCUGUCCGUGCACCCCUCGGAUGUGCUGGACAUGCCUGUGGAUCCCAACGAGCCCACGUACUGCCUGUGCCACCAGGUGUCCUACGGGGAGAUGAUCGGCUGCGACAACCCAGAUUGUCCCAUCGAAUGGUUCCACUUUGCCUGCGUGGACCUCACCACGAAGCCCAAAGGAAAGUGGUUCUGUCCACGGUGCGUUCAGGACAAGAGGAAGAAGAAGUGAGGAAAGGCUGUGUUCCUGGGGAGAUGAGUCCACCGGCUCUUUCGUCCACGCCGCAAUACGUUUUUGAUUUUAAAACUACCUUAUUUGACUGAUAUUUAAUAACUCAAUGGCCAGUUGUCAUUCUGGAUAUUUCUUAAGCGAGAAACCACCAGGCCCUGUUUGCACAGAGGAGCAAUCUCACAGGACCUGCCACAGUGACUUUCUUCAGACCCUGAGCUGAGCGUGGCGGCCACCGAGCCAGCCCAGGGUCCUGGGGUGGGUGUUGGUGAACUUGGGCUGCCAGGCCAAGUGCUCAGUGUGGGGGACGUUUUACCUGGUACACUGCCACCACUUUGCCACCAGAGUUACCAUAAGCACAUCUGACUUUCUGAGAGUGCAGUGUGGCUGGGUGCCGGGACCUGACUCCAGGGACCGUGGACUGGGCUGGACACCUCCUGUGUGUCUGGUGCCGGAGCUCUUCCCGGGAGCUCCGGCCUCAGACCCGCCUCUGUCUCUGCACUGCCUUUUCAGUCUGGACGCUGGUCUGGUCCUCCCGGGGAUUCGCCUCUGGAGUGGCUGGACCUGCCUUGGCCCCAGGCUGGGUUCCGCUGCUCUGGGGCCUCUGACUUUUUACUGUGAAGAUGAGAUUGUUGUAAGAGCGUGAAGACCUGUGUCUGUCUGCAGUGAGCCGUCUGCCAGGAGCUGCUGGGGACCCGUGCUGCACACCUAGGGCUUUGGUCGUGCCACUGUCUGUGAGUCUGCUGUGCCCAGCAGCAGGGCUACGAUGGAGCCAGGUAGUCGGCAUUCGCACACCAGCACUGCAGCGUCUGGGGACGUUGGGGAUGUGACAUCCAUGCCAGGACCUCAGGACGGCUUCCAGGGGCCUCCUUAGCUGCACAGCCUCUGGCACGUGCACCAGAGUCCAGGGUUUGCUGAGAACCCAGAGGCUGCUCCUGUUCUCCCACCAGAGGAAGAACCCAGGGUGGGCGGGGGGCAGCCCAAGGAGGGCCUCGUCUGUCCACGGAGGUCACUGGGGCCACCUGCUUGUCCCCUCUGCUGGCCAUGUCUGUAUUUUCCUGUCAGUGCUGUGGCCCUGACUGUGCCGGGGGAGCACUCUGCCACCGAGCCACACCGGCCCUUUGUACCCCUCCCUGGGGUUUCACUGAGGGGAGGAAUCCAGCAGGACGGCACCGGGCAGGCACCGGGCAGCCCUGUGUCCUGGGCUCAUGUCCAUGUGGAAUGCAGGCCUCUGUGGUUCCCACAGCUCAGUCUGGCAGCUCGCUCCUAGUGGCCUGCCUUCAGGGCACAGGGGGAGGGCCUGCUCCCGUGCCCACGGUGUGAGUGGCCGGUGCUGGCCGUUCGCAGAGUCAGGUGCCAGGUGGGUAGGGUGGAGGGCUGGCCAUCCAUCCCUGUCAGGUCCCCAGGCUAGAAGCUUCCUGAAUCCUGGCCGUCCUGCGCUCAGAAGCAACAGGGUGGAGGCCCGCUUAGUCUCCGCCACAGCUGCGACACGGAUGUGUGCCUCCAUUUCAUGGUUGUGGUUGACACAGGUAUUUAGGGGUCACAGAGAAUAAGUUGUGGGAAACUUUCCUUUGCUCUUCCUCCUCCUGGGUGCUGGGUCACCCAGGGCCUCACGUGCUGCUGUUGCCAUUUUUUUCAAGGACAGGAAUUUUCACCGGAGGCUGCCGACCCUACCUCGGGCAGGCUGCUCCCGUCUCCCGUCUCACGUCCUCCCUGGGGAGUAGGGGUGUGGCAUGUGGCGGGCCCAGGCUGCUCAGUGUUCUGUUCUGGCAUCCUGGAGGUGAGGACUCCCCUGCCACUGUGGGUCCCUCUCUGUGGCUUUGGUUUGUUUUUUUUUUAAGUUUUUGUUUUUUUAUGUUUACUUUUGCCAGUUAAAAUAAUAUCACCAAAAAUAAUAUGCAUAUAGCUUUGGGAGGAACAACAGGAAGUGCAUGCAGAAUUCUUUGGGGGUGUUGUCUGGGCCCUGAUGGGCUAUUGUCCCGCUGGUGCUCCUGUCUGGGUGGGGGAAUCUGGGGUGGUUGGCUGGAAAGGAACUUGGCCCCAGACACUGCUCCAGAGGCCUGGCUGCCUUCACCUGGAGCCCUGCAGGUGGCCGCAGAGUCGGCCCACCUGGUGCACCGAGGGCAUCUGCCAGCCCUGGGUUACUGGCAGUGUCCCCCCGUGAGGGUGUGUGUCCUCUGUGGUGUGAGUCCCUGUGGGCGAGUGCACGGGAGGAGCGGGUCUUGCUGCCUCUGAGCUGUGUGCAUCGGGGAUCCCAGAAAGACGGCCUGCUGGGUGUGCAGGGAGAGGCUGGUAAGCACCCUACACCUGCAGGUGUGCUGGUCUGCAGUGGCUUAGACAAGGACCUGGGCCAGAUGACACCCCAGCAGCUGGUUGCCCCCGGUCCCUUCCCCUGGGCAGGCUGGGACUGCAGGCAGGGACUUGGAGGCUGUAUCAGGCAGGCCCGCUGGAGCAGCGAGGAGCCUGGCGUGUCUCUGAACCCAGGCAGGGACCACUUUGAGCAAUAACACCAACCAGGGCACGGCUUCCCAGGCAGAGCAUGGCCCAGGUUACCCUCCUCGUGCUGGGGGUUGUGGCUGUAGUUUGAAAUAGCGUGAGGGAUGUUCGUUCUGGGCACUGAAGACUUGAGGUUUUCCCAGAUGCUCAGAGAGCAACCAUGGGCCUCCGCCAACUGCGCUGAGAGGAAUUUCAAAGCAGGGGAGUAGUAGGAAAGUGUCCUUCUAGGUGUGCAAAGCCUUUCCCUGGCUGUUCUUUGGUUGCUCCACCAUGCUUCAUCCAGCUUUAACAUGAAUGUCACUUUUUAUUUUCAAGGAAUUAUUAUCUAUGUCCCCUUUGUAAAGGAAAGAUGCUAUUGUAAAUCUUUUUAUUAAAUAAUGUAAAGAUGCAUAUCUGUAUUUUUGGAUCAUGUUAUAGAUUAUGGAUAUAUUGUUUAAUAAAGUAUUUUUUGGAACAAAUGCU